AAAUCUAACAACUGCCCUACUACAGCAAACGUUUGCGACAAACGUUUCUUAUUUGUAAACAUGUGAGUUUCAUUGUACUCCCAAUGCGUUUCUGUAAAAGACUGUUGAAAUCUGUGCAAACCCAAAAAUGGCGAUAUAGCCAACGUGUACAUCUUGGUUGGGAUAGUUAUUUACUACAUCUAGCUGAAGCGGCAACGUUCGUUCAGCAAUCAAAAAGCUAGACAUUAGCCAACAUAGUAAAGUUGACGUCUCGCUUUAUCUCACGUCUUGUCUCUGAAGAGUGGGACAAUCUCCCCACAAGGGCUAAGACUAGCAUGGCAGAAUUUGAAGAAGCCGAAGAGCCUGGUGGUCUGGACGGCCUACCAACCAUGUAUGGUAUCUUCAAGGGCGAGGUGGUUUCUGUACAAACCUAUGGAGCCUUCGUCAAGCUCCCAGGAUACCAGAAGCAGGGUUUGGUGCAUGUCAGUGAAAUGUCUGCAUGUCGAGUAGAAAAUGCCUCAGAGAUUGUAGAUGUGGGGGAACAGGUGUGGAUCAAAGUCAUUGGGAAAGAGGUCAGAGAUGACAAAGUAAAACUCUCCUUCUCAAUGAAAGCUGUGAAUCAGGGAACAGGACGGGACCAAGACCCCAAUAAUGUCAACGCUGAGCAGGAUGAGCGGAGACGCAGAAUGUUCAGAGAUCACACUGGACAGAGAAUCACACUGGAGGCUGUUUUUAACACCACCUGCAAGAACUGUGGCUGCAAAGGCCACUUUGCCAAGGACUGUUUCUCAACUCCUGGGUUGCAGUACUCUUUGUUGCCUGAAGAGGGCGACGAGGUAGAGCAACAACAGCAGCAGCCUCCCCCAAACCUCGUACCACAGCAAGACUCUCAGAAGAAAAAAAAGAAAAAGAAGGAGAAGAAAGUGAAGAAGAAGAGGAAGAGGGAGAGGAAAGAGUCCGAGAGCGACAGCAGCAGCGGCGACGGAGCGCAGAGGCCGAGCCAGACCAAGAGAGGGCGCCAUGACCAAGACAAAGAGGAGAGAAAGAAGAAGAAGCACAAGAAACACAAAUCGCACAAGCACAGCUGAGACGAGGAUCACAGGCACACACUGUACACUGCGAUCACACACGGUUAACUCAUACACAGAUAACACACAGACGCAUAGAAAGAGAACUGGCUUUAAAUGUAGAUGAUAGACGUGUUUUAUUGCGGUGUCCCCAUUUUAUUUGUGUUUUUUUUAAGAUUAUCUAGGACUUCUUAAGAAGUAGAAGAAGCAUGAACCCGAGCAUAGUCACUGUUAGUCCUAAGAUAACCCUCACCCAGACUCCCUCCAUGCGCUGCUUGAUGUUAAGUAACUUGAUAGGAGUAAGCAAUAUGGCAGAUGGCAGAUCCUCAAGCUUAAUGUGAGGUCCUAUAUAUUGUUUACACCUAUCCAAUUGCUUAAAUGAUAGUGAAACAAGUCUGGUCUAACCCAUUGUUUCAUAACAACCAAAAGCAAACACACAGGAAGUAUGUAACAGGUUCUAGACUCAGUUUCUGAGUUAACCAGCUUUUUAUUGUGUGGUAAUAAUGUUUUCAGUGUCUCUGUAUUGCUUUAUCUUCUUGUGUCACCUGUUAUUCUUGACAAACGUGUCAAAACGUUGUUUUGUUUUCUUCCCAUGAAUGCAUAAACGAUACAACUCUGCCUGAUGGCCAUGCAAAAUUCGAACAAA